AUGACAUAUUUCAUCAUUAAAGGGAUUUCUGAUGUCCCACAAUUACAGCUUCCCAUUUUUUUGUUGGUUCUGCUGAUUUAUCUCGUCAUUCUUGGAGGUAAUAUGACCAUUUUUCUAUUGAUCUCUAUGGAUCGCCAUCUUCACACUCCAAUGUAUUUCUUUCUGGCCAAUCUGUCUCUCCUUGAUGUCUGUUGCUCUACAAUAACUCUUCACAAACCUCUUAUUACAUUCAUCACUGGAGAUAAAUCAGUUUCUUUUGCUGGUUGUAUUAUGCAAAUGUUUUUCUUUUUAUCAUUCACAUGUAAUGAGCUGCUAAUUCUGACAGCAAUGGGUUAUGACCGCUAUGUGGCUGUCUGCCACCCUUUACAUUACCAUGUAAUUAUGAACCACAAAGUCUGCUGUAGUCUGGCCAGUGUCUGUUGGGUUUUGGGUUUUUUAGAUAUCAUACCUUGUGCUUUGAAAGUAUCAUCCAUUACUUGUUACAUGUCAUUGGAAGUCAACCAUUUCUUCUGCGACCUUAUACCAUUAAUGAAGCUAUCCUGCAGUGACACUUCUGCUUUGCAGCUUUAUGUGAUUAUUGAAGGCGUGAUUCUAGCAUCUUUUGUUCCACUUAGUCUCACUUUUAUAUCAUAUGUUUUCAUUAUAAGAAGCAUUCUGAGAAUACGUUCUAGUAACGGGAGGUGGAAAGUCUUCUACACGUGUUCCUCACAUCUCACAAUUAUCAUCCUUCUUUAUGGCACCUUGUCCUACCAAUACUUUAGACCAGUUGAAUAUAUUACACUGGGUUCCAAUAAAAUUUCUUCCCUGUUUAAUACCACAGCCCUCUUUAACACCACCGGUGUCCCGAUAUUAAACCCCCUGAUUUACAGUUUGAAGAAUAAAGAUGUUAAAUCAGCCUUUAAGAGAAAGUUUAGGAAAAUUUCUUGUAAAAUGUCAAACUCUGCAGUUUCAUUUUAA